GAAAAAACUUUAUUUACACCCAACCUCAAGACCAUCCCGUCGUUUCAAAACAAACGAUAUUAAUUACUCGGUACAAAAGCUUCAUUCUGCAUGGGAACUAAACAUCAUCCACUCACUGUAAGGGUUUGAUUCUAUUUAAGGACAAGGCUCCAGUAGCUUGUUUUGGGAUAUCACAGAUCGUGAGUGGCCGAUGGCAUCAGAGGAGAUGGAGGGUCUGUGCUCAUUACCAGAGGUGACGAGCAUCAAGGUGGAGCCGUCAGUCAGCAUUGGCUCAGCAGAGGAUGCCAACUCACAGAAUGCCAUGGGCAUAAAGUUUAUAUUACCCAACCGCUUUGACAUGAACGUGUGCUCGCGCUUUGUGAAGUCACUGAACGAGGAAGAGAGUAAAAAUAUCCAGGACCAGGUGAACUCUGAUCUGGAGGUGGCCUCGGUCUUAUUUAAAGCGGAGUGUAAUAUUCAAACAUCUCCCUCACCUGGUAUUCAGGUUAGGCAUGUUUACACGCCAUCAACCACCAAACACUUCUCUCCAAUAAAGCAGUCCACCACGCUCACCAACAAACACCGUGGAAAUGAGGUCUCAUCCACACCACUGCUCGUUCACUCUCUGUCUAUACAUCAGUUGGCGGCACAAGGAGAGAUGGUGUUCUUAGCCAGUCGAAUAGAACAAGAGUCUGUAAUAAACCUGCAGGAUGAGGAGGGAUUCACCCCACUGAUGUGGGCGGCAGCUCAUGGACAGAUCGCUGUGGUGGAGUUCCUCUUACAGAGUGGUGCAGAUCCUCAUCUCUUGGCCAAGGGAAGGGAGAGUGCACUGUCACUAGCCUGCAGUAAAGGGUACACCGAUAUUGUCAAAAUGCUUAUCGACUGUGGAGUUGAUGUCAAUGAGUAUGAUUGGAAUGGUGGAGCACCGUUACUCUAUGCAGUGCAUGGUAAUCAUGUUCGCUGUGUGGAAAUCCUCUUAGAGAGUGGAGCUGACCCAACCAUGGAGUCUGACUCUGGGUUCAAUGCUAUGGACAUGGCUGUGGCGAUGGGACACCGAAAUGUCCAACAGGUCUUGGAGGGCCAUCUUCUGAAGCUUCUGCAAGGUAUCAAAGAAUAACCAGAGGAACUACGAGAAGAAUUAGUGAAUAUUUUAGUGUUGAUUAUGAUGAAGUGGACAAUACCAUUUUGCAUGUUUGCUGAACACACUUUAUAUGAAGUUAAUUGUCAUUUUUUUUAAAUCCACCUUUGAAGAUGCAAAUGCACAGAUCAACAAACAUAUGGCAGUUGAUGAGAUCGGAACUUUAGCGUUUUGAAUCUAGUGAUAUAUAUAUGUGGGUUUUAUUCAAUGUACGUGUGUUUUAGGUCACUGAUUUUUACUUAGUUGCAAUGUGUACUUGAAAAUAUAUUUAUUUUGACAUUUAAAUUAAAAAAUAAGCCAUUUCACAUUAAACUUAACUGGUAUUAUGGUUUAUAAAACUAAAUCUGGGCACUUUAGAAUCACUCGAGUGGAAAAGAACAUGGUAAACCAGUUUACAAUAACAAUUUACAGUGAGAGAAGUACUAGUUCAACUGUCACACUUGUUAUUGCUAUUUCAUUCCCAGGUUUUUACACUUUGAAUGCCCUCUUUUAAUGCAAGUUUUGUGUUACAACACUGUAAAUAAACCUUAAUUUAUACUUGA